AUGGAGUGUGACAUUGUUGGUCCUCAUUUGAACUCCUUCAACUGGUUGUUGGAAGAUGGUUUCGAUGCCGCAGUGCAGGAUUUGCCUCCAUUCGAGGCAGAGACGAACGAUGGCAGACGACUGUCCAUUGAAAUUUCGAAUCCAGUUGUUGGGUAUCCAAGCCUUUCCGGAGAAGGGCAAACGGUUUCAAGUGUCAAACUCUACCCCAUUGAGGUUUUUCCUCAGUGUCGUCAACGUGGUCUGACUUACAAAGCCAGGGUUACGGCUUCGAUAAACUUGGCGCUCGACGGAGUAAUGGUUGAUAAAUUGGAAUCUGUGACUAUCGGUGAGAUUCCAAUAAUGGUGAAGUCAAAAAGAUGCCAUUUGCAAAAUUUCACUCCGAAGCAGCUGAUUGCCAAGGGCGAAGAAGAAAGCGAGUUGGGCGGCUACUUUAUCAUUGGUGGUUUAGAGAAAAUUGUGAGGCUGCAUAUUGUGCCAAGACGAAAUUUCGCGUUGUUCGAUUGUCCAGACAGAUUCCUCUACGAAACGCUGAUCAGAGGGAAAGAACAUGACGAGUUCUGGAAAGGGUAAGA